CCCUAAACCCAGAACAAAGCCUCCAGCUCACAUUUUGCUCUCUUUCCCAUGGCUUCUUCGGUCUCCCUGAAGAAGAACUACCGGUGCCACCAAUCUUUGCAGCAAUUCUACACCGGCGGCCCUUACGCCGUCUCCUCCGACGGUUCUUUUAUCGUCUGCGCCUGCGACGACACCAUCAAAAUCGUUGAUUCCUCCAAUGCCUCAAUUAAAUCAACAAUUGAAGGAGAUUCUGAACCUGUCACCGCCCUCUGUCUCAGCCCUGUUAGUAACAAUAGUUUCCUAUUUUCCGCUAGCCAUAGUCGCCAAAUUAGGAUUUGGGAUCUUUCUUCUCUCAAAUGCAUCCGUUCUUGGAAGGGGCAUGAAGGGCCAAUUAUGGGAAUGGCUUGUCAUGGGUCAGGUGGACUGCUGGCAACAGCGGGGGCUGAUAGGAAAGUGCUAGUGUGGGACGUUGAUGGUGGCUUCUGCACUCAUUAUUUCAAAGGUCACAAGGGUGUUGUUACUUGCAUUAUGUUCCAUCGUGACCCCAAUAGACUACUGCUUUUCUCUGGCAGCGAUGACACUACCAUCAGAAUUUGGGAUCUAAGAACUAAGAAGUGUGUUACAACACUUGAAAAACAUCAAUCGGCUGUGACAUCGUUGGAUUUUUCUGAAGAUGGGCAGACCUUGAUCAGCGCAGGAAGAGACAAGGUUGUAAAUUUGUGGAAUUUGAGUGACUUUAGCUGUAAAGUUACUGUCCCUACGUAUGAGGCACUAGAAGCAGUUUGUGCCAUUGGCUCUGAGUCCACUUUGGCUAAAUGUUUGGCUUCACUUAUACAAAAACGUUUGAAGGAAAAAGAUGGCUCACCAUCAAUACAAUUUAUUACUGUCGGAGAACGUGGUAUUGUACGGAUAUGGAAUUCUAAAGGUGCAGUUUGCCUCUUUGAGCAAAAAUCCUCUGAUGUUGUUGUGAGCUUGGACAAGGAUGAGGUGAAAAGAGGCUUCAUAUCUGCUAUGAUGUUGCCCUCAGAUCAGGGCUUGAUAUGUGUUACGGCUGACCAGCAAUUUCUCCUCUAUACCCCAGUGGAAGACUCUGAAGGCAGUUUGAAAUUAAUCCUUAGCAAGCGCCUCGUAGGGUAUAAUGAAGAGAUUGCAGAUAUGAAGUUUUUGGGUGAGGAAGAACAAUUUCUGGCUGUCUCUACAAGCGUUGAACACGUGCGGGUGUAUGACCUUACAUCAAUGUCAUGUGCCUAUGUGUUGGCUGGUCACACUGAUAUUGUUUUGUGUCUUGAUACCUGUGUGUUGGGUACUGGCAGAACACUUGUUGUGACAGGAAGCAAGGACAACAGUGUCAGAGUGUGGGAUGCUGAAAGUAAAUGUUGCAUUGGAGUUGGCAUAGGUCACAUGGGAGCAGUUGGUGCCAUUGCAUUUUCUAGAAAACAUCAGAACUUUUUUGUCAGCGGUAGUAGCGACCGUACACUGAAGGUUUGGAGUUUAGAUGGACUCCCAGAUGGUGCUGAAGAUGUUCCUAAUUUGAAAGCAAAAGCAGUUGUGGCAGCCCAUGAUAAGGACAUAAACUCACUUGCAGUUGCCCCAAAUGAUAGUCUUGUUUGUAGUGGCUCCCAGGAUCGAACUGCUUGUAUAUGGAGGCUUCCAGAUCUAGUAUCUGUAGUGGUACUUAGAGGGCAUAAAAGGGGAAUUUGGUCUGUGGAAUUUUCUCCUGUGGAUCAGUGUGUUAUAACAGCUUCUGGAGAUAAAACAAUCAAAAUAUGGGCUAUAUCUGAUGGUUCAUGUUUGAAAACAUUUGAAGGGCAUACAUCAAGUGUAAUCAGAGCGUCAUUUGUCACUCGUGGGACUCAGUUUGUCUCUUGUGGUGCUGAUGGUUUGGUGAAGCUGUGGACUGUUAAUACAAAUGAAUGCAUAGCGACUUAUGAUCAACAUGAUGACAAGAUAUGGGCUCUGGCCAUUGGGAAGAAAACUGAAAUGCUUGCUACUGGAGGCAGUGAUGCAGUAAUCAACUUGUGGCAUGACUCGACAUCUGCUGAUAAAGAAGAAGCCUUCCGUAAAGAGGAGGAAGGUGUUUUGAGAGGACAAGACCUUGAGAAUGCAGUAAUGGAUGCUGAUUAUAUCAGAGCAAUCCAACUUGCAUUUGAGCUGCGCAGACCUCAUAAACUCUUUGAAUUAUUUGGGGAGAUCUACAGGAAGGGAAGUGCAGAUGUUCAGAUUGAGAAAGCUCUCCGAUGUCUUAACAAGGAAGAAUUCGCUCAGCUUUUGGAAUAUGUUCGAGAAUGGAAUACAAAGCCAAAGCUCUGUCAUGUUGCCCAAUUUGUGCUCUUCAAGAUAUUCAGUAUCCUUUCACCAACAGACAUUGCAGAGAUAAGAGGCAUUGGAGAAUUGCUUGAAGGACUAAUCCCAUAUUCUCAGAGGCACUUCAGUAGGAUUGAUAGGUUGCAAAGAAGCACAUUCCUUUUGGACUACACUCUGACAGGAAUGUCUGUUAUUGAACCAGAGACAAAUGUUAGAGAUGCAAGGGAGAAAGAUAUGGAAUAUUCCAGGAAUGAUGAAGAGCAGGCUAGGUAUAAGGUCGAAGGACAAGAACAUGAAAAGCUAGAAGAGAAGGCCUCUUUGAAGAGGAGAAAGUCACGCAAAUCUAGAGAUGUGGCAUACAAGAAACUGAGGGGACUGACUGACAGGGGUGACUCAUCCAUACCAUCACCGGCAUAGUACACAGCAAAUGUCAAAUGCUUUUGAAGUAUUCAUGAUUUAGCAUCUGAUGCUCUGGCUGCAUACAUUUGUGAGUGAUAGUUCAUGGAAGACAGGAGUUGAGAAUUGGCUGGGGAUCCAUUAACUGGGGAGCGAAAAUUGCCAAUCAUGUUUGUUGCAGUUGGUUCCGAUGAGUUCUUUGGCAAUACAGUGCCCGUGCCCUUACAUCUGGCAUCAGAGAGUGGUCUGAGAUAUCCCAACACAGAUGCCAAGAGAGUGCUUUGCCUGAUGCGUCUAUGGUGUAAUCUGUAGCAUUUGAUGAUGAAGUGCAAGAUUCUUGUCUAAAUUAUAGCGGUCCCUUUUUCAAUCGUCUCUUCCCUUGUACCCAUUAAUAGACGUUCUAGGUUUCUCGUCAUGUAGCAAGCUACGAAAUCAACGUUAAUCUCAGUAAAUAAGUAUUUUGAAAA